AGCAGUGAUGUCUUCUGUUUUUCUCUACUUGGAUGGAUACCUGCCAGACAUAAUUUAUUGCUUCCCACUAUUACGCUCGAUAAGAAUGAGAACUAAAGGACUUCUUUGAAGUCUUUUACUUGAGUCAGUAAAUCCUUACCAAUGAUUCAGGGCAGCUCGGUAAAACCACUAAUUGUGGCACUGAAAAUUAUAGAUUGUAAAUUAUUUAAAACUUUAUCAUUAGAGCAAAUUUCUAAAUCAUCCGAUAAAUGGGUGAGAUCUUUAACAUACACAGCACAAACCCAUUUAAGGUGUUACUAGGAUAACACAGAGAGGAAGUAGCAAUUUUUGCACAAUAAUUGUACAUGCAAAUGUUUUUAAAGUAUUUAGGAGCGCAUACCAAGGAGAGUCUGGUAUUCUAAGAGUUUAUAGCUCCCUCUCAUGUCUGGUGAGUGAGUGACGGAGAGGGGCAGGCAGAGGGUGUUUCUCCACUGCAUCUCAGCCAGGGACAGCUGACUGGUUGGGAUCUAAUUGCUUUCAAGUGAGGUCAGCAGGAGGCAUUUAUCUAAGCAGAGUGCACAGCAACAGUGGAAGAUGCACAGAUUCAGCCUGCCAGAAUCAGAGAAACAUACUUGGGACUUGACAGAAGCUCCCAGCUCUUGCUCUGCUUUACUUCAUCACUGGACUUGGUUUACCACUGAGACAGCUUCAGAUCCACAGAGUCUUCACGUUAAAACUGUUGCUGAAAGGAAACACAUCUCUGUCAGCUCUUGUCAUCAUUUAGAGCACAUUGACAACCUGUGCAACAUUCCUUAACCUGGAUUAUGACGGCACUUGUCGGAAUAUGGUCUCAAGAGGAUGGAGCGGUCAAUGAGCGCUGUCGUUGAGGAUUAACAACAGACAUUAUCUCCUGAUAUCAAUUGAUCCAAACCAGCCUCACAAAGUCUCCCUCACAAAUGCCCUGUCGUGGCACCCCACCAGGAAUUCACACUCCAGAAACAAGGACUUAAGGGUCACAAGUCGGGGGUGGGGGUCACGGGGCUGGGGGAUAGUGCACAGUUCUCUAUCUCACAUUUCAGUAUGUUGUUCAAUGAUCCCCACUGUAUUGUACGAUAAUGCACAAAUGGAUGCUGACAUGGAACCUUCAGAAUCUGUUCUCGGGACUCUACCUGCAUGCAAUAUUUCUGUUUGGCAGUGUGUGUGCGGUCUACAGUGACUGCACUCCAGAGCAACUUGCCGCCAUCAUGAACUGCUCCAAACAUGAACGCCACACAAGGAACUAUGAUUACAUGGAGGGAGGAGACGUGCGUAUCCGACAGCUGUACAGUGGCACGCAGUGGUUCCUAACAAUUGAUGACUCAGGCAACAUCAAUGGGACUCAAGAUUCCACCAACUGCUACAGUAUCCUGGAGACCAGAACUGUCGGUGAGGGGGGCAUUCUGGCUAUCAAAGGUGUGAAGAGCCAGUAUUAUAUCUGUAUGAACAAGGGUGGACAGCUGCAAGGCAAGAGGAUCCACAAUGAUAACUGCAACUUCAAGGAGAUUUUCCUAGAAAACUACUUCAAUGCUUACUCCUCAGCAAAGUGGACUAAAAAUGGCAAAGAAAUGUUCAUAGCCCUGUCUCAAAAGGGAAGGCCACAGCGAGGGAAAAAGACCAGAAGGGAACAUAUAGCAUCUCAUUUUAUCCCGAUGCAAUGCAGAGGGGAGGAAGAGAGGAGAGUGGAGUGAAAAAGAGAAGGACUUUGUUCCAAACUGCGUAUGAUUUCAGUCACAUUUCUGUUAACUGACACAUGUAGCCUCAUUACCGACAUCACGCUCCACUCUUCUCCAGAUAUAGACGAGACAAUGUUUUAUAAUAAGCUGUCAUUUUCAUAACAGAAAAAAAGUAUCAGAUGAAAAGAUUAAACGGCUCCAGUCGAUCUCAGAGCCUGAAACCUAAAAAUAUGAAAAUACCACUAAAAUUACUGUGUCAUUGUUAUUUUGAAUUAACAGUCAAAUGUAUGACAGACAAUCUUCCAAAGAUGAUCCACAACCUGCAAGAUGAGGAGAACUGUACAAUCAACAGAAAGGUCCAGAAAGGAGAUUUGGCUUGAUGAAGAAGUGCUGAAGCAAGCUGGACUUGUCUUUUUUUAUUCUAUAAGUGCUUAAAGUACACAUAGACAAAGGCACAAUAGCAUAUUCAAUAAAUAAAUAAAUAAAUAAAUACACAGCGCACACAAGACAAACUAUUUGUGAAUAAUGUGUUCAGAUCUGUCUGUCUUUCCUGCAUGGAAGACCAGACAAUGGUCAAACGCACUGCUGCUGCUCACUGACGCUCUUUUCAUUAUUAAGGUGUGAUUUUGAAAUGCUAAAAUAUUUUGCUGCUGCUGAAAAGAUCUCCAGAUUAAAAUGUAAAAUGAACAACAGAAUAAAUGUGUAUGCUACAAAAUCUCCUUAAGAGUUAAUAAUCUUAUACAUUAAAAGGUCACAUAUUUAUUUGUAAAGAGAUUUUCUUUAGUUUUUGUUUGUCAGUUCUAUUGUACUAAGCAUUACAAAGAAUCUAUAAUGUACUAAGACAUUUAUCUAUUUUACCACAAAUGAUGCAAUAUUAACUUCACACAGUAUCCCAGCUAUUAUUAUGAUAUUACAGUACCUUAUACUUUGUAACUGUAAGUUAUUUUUUCACCUUUAUAUAAAGAAGAAGAUUUCAUAUAUUCUUAAGUUUCCCCUAUCCUUACAAUGUACAUUGUUUAACUUCAGUUUUGUUAUGUUUUGUUUUUUACUGUGAAACAGCCGAGGCAGUUUUACAAUCUGUAUUUAUGGGAUUUUCUCCACAAGAGGGUAUAACAGACCUGAAAAUAAACUCACAUCCGCCGGCUUAUACAGUUCCUUUUGUUAACAUGUCAUCAUGCAACUGACCCACAAGACAACCAGGAGAAAAAAAAGUAAACUGAACAUCUUUCAAAUGUUGUUUUUGGACAACAACAAGUAUUUCUACCUGCUUUAGCCUGACACUUUGUGCUUCUUGCAUUUUUAGAUAAAAAAAAACUGCAUGUGAACCAUAGUAACAAUGCCUCUAUCCUGCAAUUAAUGAAGUUACAACACUGAGCAUAGCAAGUUCUAGAAGAAGAUGAGAAGUGUAUUAUGGUUACACACAGCACACCUGCAAUGGCAAAUAUGUUUUUUCAAUGAUCUAUUUAUUCUGUCUGUUAACAAAUAUUUCAACUUUUUAAAUAUGAGUAAUCCCAACUCUGACUUAGCCACGUUUUUAAAUAAAACGUUUGAUUUGUUAUUUGCUGUGAAUUGGAUAUGACUGUUUGAAAUCCUACUGUACAAUUCAGCAUUACCUUUUGUAUAAUCCUGAAGAGAAAAUAUACAACCAAUGAAGCAAUAAGUGUUUCAAAUUGGGACAGUGGUGUUGUUUUUAAGAUGGUUAAUUGCCCAAAACAAAUAAACACUUGGAAAGUU